AUGACGUCAAAUGUACGAUCUAGGGAUCAGAUGGAUAAAGAUGAUGACAAUGAACAUGACCUAGAUACGGAAUUCUCACUACCUCGCCAUCUUGAUCCUACUGGCUAUGUUGAUUUUGAUAGAAUACAACAAACAAGUAUGGAAGAACAUUUACCGGUGCAUAAUGUUGGUUAUCGACUAUUACAAAAGAUGGGAUGGAAGCAAGGACAAGGGUUAGGUAGUCUUGGUCAAGGUCGAAAGGAACCUAUUCGAAUAGAUAUGAAACAAGAUGGAUUGGGGAUAGGCAAAGCAGAACAAGAUCAAGAAUACAAUGAAUCUUCGACAGCGCAAAGAAAAGCUAUGGAUAGUGAAAAACAAUUGGAGGAAACCAUGGAGGAGCGUCAACUACGGGAAUCCAAAGUAAUCAAGAUUCAAGAAAUUCAACAAGAACUCUUACAAGUCAAACGGGCUUUUUAUUGUGAACUUUGUGACAAACAAUAUAACAAGGUCAGUGAAUAUGAUCAGCAUUUACAAAGUUAUGAUCAUCAUCAUAAGAAGCGAUUCAAGGAUAUGAAGGAACAAACCAAACGAUCAGUCAUAGGACAAUCGGACAAGGAAAGGAAACGUGAAAGAGAAAAACGACGUGAAGAAAAGGAAAUGAAACGAAUGCAAGAUGCUAUUAUGAAGAAACAUGCCCCUAGUAAUCCACCACCUCCACCACCUCCACCUCCUUCUGAUAUGGAUCAAGAUAUACCUCCUCCUCCACCUCCAUCUGAUAACUCUGAAUUUGGCACUCCUUCUCCUCCACCACCACCACCACCUCCUCCUACAACAACAACAGCAACAACGUCAUCAUCAUCCAUUGGUUUACAAAUGAAUAGAAAUAAUAUAUUAUCACCAUCGACCCCUUCAACGAGUGCGAACAAGGUAUCUUUUGGUUUUGGUGUCAAGAAAAAGGCGUCUGGGAUUCGAUUUGGCUUGCAGAAGAAGGAAUGA